AUGGCAAUUAAGAAACUGGAUGAGUAUUUUGCACCCAAACAGAGUAAAAGAUUUGAAAGGCACGUGUUUAGAUUAAUUAAGCAGGAAGAAAACGAGAAGUUUGAAAAAUUCGUUGUCCGCUUGCGGCAACAAGCUGCUAAAUGUCAAUUCGUUGAUUUAGACGACCAGCUCCUGGACCAGAUUACUGACAGAUGCAGUUCAGAAGAACUAAGGAAGAAAAUCUUAAAAAAUGGAGAUAAAAUGACUCUUGAAGAUGUUAUAGCUGAAGCAAAUGCUUUAGAAAUAAUAAACAGACAAUUAGGAGACUUUAUUCAAAAACAGAACCGGAAUCAAGACGUAAAUCAAGUGGAAAGUAGCAGUAAGAAUAAAAACCAAAGACGGAAAAGAGAAUGUUUUCGAUGUGGCGGGUGGAAUCACUUAGCAUACGAUGAGAAAUGUCCAGCAAGGGGAAAGAAGUGUACAAAAUGUGAAAGAAUUGGACAUUUCAAACUGCAGUGCAAGACAAACCUACUAAAAAGGAAACGGACAGAAGACACAAAACAAACACUCAAUAAAGAUACGAAGAAAUUCAAGAGACCGAGAAAAGAUACUGACAACAUAGACGAACAAAAAAAAAGUAAUUCAGAUAAAAAGACAUAA